AUGUAUAUUUCCCACCUUUGUAAAAUUUGUAUUACAUUUUAUUUGUUUUCUUUUGUUUUAUUUCAGAUUGACUUUGAAGAUGUGAUAGCUGAACCUGAGGGGACCCAUAGUUUUGAUGGGAUUUGGAAAGCAAGCUUCACUACAUUCACUGUGACUAAAUACUGGUUCUACCGCUUACUGUCUGCAAUCUUUGGAAUACCAUUGUCACUUGUUUGGGGCAUUUAUUUUGCCAUCCUUUCAUUCCUACACAUCUGGGCUGUAGUUCCAUGCAUAAAGAGCUACUUGAUUGAAAUUCAGUGCAUUAGCCGAGUCUACUCCAUCUGCAUCCACACAUUCUGUGACCCAUUGUUUGAAGCCAUUGGCAAGAUGUUCAGCUUUGUUCGAAUUACUGUACGCAAAGAAGUAUAG